AUGGCCACAAGAGAUUUACCAAAAUCGUUUGGCGAUUUUUGCUUUGGAUGGGUAGGUCGGAUCAGAGAUGAAAUGACUAUAACAAAAACCCAGGACGAGUUGAUGAAACUUGACAAAAAGGCCAAAUUGCAUAGUGAUACCACUAGCGAUGAAUACACCAAAUAUGAAGAUGAAGACGACGAAGAUUAUAUAGAGACGAAAGUUAAAGUAAGGAAUUUAUGGCCUGCAUUUGCCUCUGGUGCCGGGUUGUUUUCCGAUGGGUAUGUCAAUAACGGUAUUAGUACUGUUUUAUCAGCAUUGAAGAGGAUUUAUGGUGAUGAAUUUACCAAGUCCAAUGCUAUCAAUAAUAUUGGAUCUAUUGCUUUUGUAGGUACUGUUGUUGGACAGUUAUCUUUUGGUUAUAUAUCUGACCGUAUUGAGAGAAAAGGAGGUAUGAUGGCCGCUAACAUAAUGUUGAUUGUGUUCACUUUGCUAUGUGCUGUGGGAUCGUGGGGUGUGACUGUCCAAGGUUUCUUUGCAUGCUUGACUGUAUGGCGGUUUUUCCUUGGUGUAGCUAUAGGAUCAGAAUACCCAACAUCGUCUGUGAUAGCUUCUGAGUUUGCCAAUCAAUUACCAUCGGGCCACAGGAACAGAUACUUUUCCUGGGCUACAAAUACCAUGAUCGACUUUGGGUUUGUUGUUUCAAGUUUCGUGCCAUUGGUCUUGUUGUGGAUCUUUAGUGAGCGUCACUUGAGAGCUGUAUGGAGGUUAAGUAUUGGUUUAGGAGUGGUGCCGCCAUUAAUCCUUUUCUUUAUUAGAUUGAAAAUGACAAAUUCACAAUCUUUUCAAAAGUUACAUAUGAAGAGGGUAAACUAUAAAGAUUAUCCAUGGUGGUUGAUAGUAAAGUUCUACUGGUUUAGAUUAACUAUUGUCUCACUUAUUUGGUUCAUUUACGAUUUUUCAGUGUAUUCAUUUGGUACUUUCAACACCAUCAUUAUUGGAGAAGUUUUACCAAAUGGGAAAUUGUGGCAACAGUGGGGCUGGUCUGUUGUUUUCAACUUGUUCUAUAUGCCUGGUACAAUCCUUGGUGCUGUAGUCAAUGACUACUUGGGUCCAAGGUUUACUUUGGCCUUGGGUGUUGGUAUCCAAGGUAUUAUUGGUCUUGCUAUGUCAGCAUGUCUUAAUUCCCUUAGAAGGCACAUUGCUGGAUUCGUUGUAGUGUUUGGUAUCUUUUCGACAUUUGGUGAGUUUGGCCCUGGUAAUAAUACAGGGUUAUUGGCAGCAAAGACUUCUGCAACGCCAAUAAGAGGUCAAUACUACGGUAUUGCAGCUGCUACUGGCAAAAUUGGUGCAUUUGUAGGGACUUGGGUAUUCCCAGCCAUACAAAAACACUAUGCUUACAGCGAUGAACUAGCAUUGAAAGUUCCCUUUUAUUUGAGUUCGGCACUUUGUUUGUUUAGUGCACUUUUAACUUUAUUUUUUGUGCCACCAGUAGGACAAGACGCGGUCGAUAAUGAAGAUAAACUCUUCCUACAAUACUUGACAGAAAACGGAUUUGAUAUUAGAAAAUUAGGUGAUGUUACUGAACAAAAUUUACAACAGACUGGUGAUGCCUUGCCUGAUAUUGUUGAUGAGAAUUUUGAUUCAGAUGAUGUUACAAAAAAGGAAGGUAAUGUUAACAUCCAAACCAAGAAUGUAUAG